AUGAAGCUCCAGCGCGUACAGCUGAAGUGUAAGGAUCUACAUGAAUUUCUCCAAGAGCUGAGCCCUGGAGUACUUGAUCGAUUGUACAAUCAUCCUGCAACAUGUUUGGCCGUUUUUAGGUAUAUGCAGUUAUUCAAUAUCUGUAUAUUACUGCCUUUCUAUGUACGCUCCUUAUUUGCGUAGCGGUAUCCAAUAUUUUUACUUUGUAUGCAGUGCUUCCAGCUCUAUUAUAGUGCACUUCUUCCUACCCACGUCAUGGGUUCUAUGAUUAGACCCUGUGCUCUCAAUGUAUUGUCUUAUAAAGCUUGGUGUGGCACUCUUGCAUGUAUACGUAUAAGCUAUAAUAAUUAUUACCAUCACCAAAUUAUUUUGAUUAAUGUUUAUGUACAUGACGACAGGUAAUUCUUAUGCAGACAUAGGUGUAUUCUUCUCAAUGAGAUGGUCUGAAUGCGGUGGCCCUGUAAUUUGUGUCCUGCAAUGUAAACAAAUUGUAAUUUUGGACACAUCUCUAAUGGUUGUCUUCCCGACAACCAAUAGAUGGUGCUUCCCCUGCGAGAACAGUCAGACUCAUUAAAUGCAUGCAAACAUUUAUAGUGCUCUGAUGCUUCUCAUAGAGAAGCAUUGGAUUCAGUGUGAUUGCAGGAGCCCAGUUCUUAGUGCGCAUGCACUUCUUAUACACAAUGCUUCUCUACGAGAAGAUGAUGAUUCAGGAGCCAAGAUGAUGAAAGGAUUGUGACUCGGCACAGGUAAGUAAAAAUAAUGUUGCCAUUUUUGCAGGGGCGACAGAUCUCAGUAAUGGCAGUGAAUUUAUAGUCUCUUUAAACGAUCUAGGUGCUAUAUGUAUUCACAAGGAAUGUAUGACUGUUGUUAUUAAACACAUUUGCUUCUUUUAGAGAUUUAACAUGCAUUUAAUAUUAAUGACUCAACGUUUUUUAAAUUUGUAGGGAGCUCCCAGGCCUUGCUAAGAAUUAUGUAAUGCGUAUGUUAUUUCUGGAACAACCCUUACCACAAGCUGCUGUCGCAUUGUGGGUGAAAAAGGAAAAUUUUAAGUAAGUUAUACUUACAAAUCCAUAAUGUCAAUGUGUGUGCAGUUUCAGAAUGUAUUAUUGUUAGAAACAGAAUCUAUUUUUUUCCUUCUUUUCAUGUAAUAUCAAUCUUGUAUUUAUUAGUUACUGCGUGAUUGCAGUGUGGAACAUCAGUUUUCCUUCAUUCACAUUCUUUUCAAAGUGUUCAAGUGAGACAUGCUGCCCCUAUCAGAAAUAUCUGUUCAUGGUGUCUGUCUAGAGCAUUUGAACUAAGGGAUUAUAUUUGGUGUAUAUCUCCAUUAAAAUAAAGUUUUCUUAAACAUCCUUUUAAAAUUGACAUACAUGAUGAUUUUCGUGAAAACCAUAGUAGUCUGUAUUUAUUGAAAGUCUUUAGAUGUUUUAUUUAGUUUCAUUUUCUGGUUAAUGGCAUUAAUACUGGAUGGAUUUUACACAUAGGUUUUGGGGAUGUUUAAUGGUGUUCAAUCAACUUUGUUGCUUUGUUUUUUCUUAUUGUUUCAUUAAAAAAAUAUGCACCCUUGAUAUCUUGUAAUAUUCAAUAUACUUUUACUCAGUAGUUGAAAACACAAAAUAAUUGUAAAACCUCUUGAGGAAAAACGUACACAUACUUCUAUUAGUUUUCUCUCUUUCACACUGCUGCUAACUUACAUGCAGGCAUGUUUGUGAGUCAAUGCUCUAUUAUUAUGAGAAGUUACUGAACAUGCAUUGCUUUGCUUUAUAAAUUACUAGGAAGUAAAAAGAAAAUGUAGUAUUUGUUUCCUUCCAUUCCAUUUUUUUUUUUCCUUCUAAUUAGGGAACAUGAGGAAAAUACACAAGUUCUAUCUGGGCUGAGAUUAUGGCAUACACAGCAACUACCUGGUGGACUGCAAGGGUUAAUCUUAAAUCCAAUUUUCAGAGAAAAUCUUAAAAUUGCUCUUUUGGGUGGGUAAGUAGUAGAACUGCACUAACUCCUCCCUGGUGUCGAGAGUCAGGAGAAGUAAAAUUGUAUAAUACUAAUGAUGCAUGAUAUUGCUGCCAACACACAUUUCAACUCACUUCUGCAGGCAGAUGGCAAUUUUGGUCUGGUGUAGAGGGCAAAUGCAAAACAAAUCACUACAUAAGCUAUUUGUGUACGGGUUCAAUGGGUUUCUGUGCUUGCAUUUACAUAGCAGUGUUUUUUUGUUUUGUCAGAGGCAAAGCUUGGGCUGAUGACGGAAGCCUGCUGGGACCAGAUAAACAUGGGAAGGAUGUACUUUCUUUGGAUAAAUAUGCAGAGGAGAGAUGGGAGGUAAAGUAUGCAUCAUAAGAAAUUUAAAAUGUAAAGAAUUACUUUUAAAACUAUUUAACACGGUGUGUAGUGGGAGUAAUGGAUUUAUACUUUCAUGUUAAAAUAAAUGAAAUAUAAAACCUGGUGAUUUAUUUCCAAGGACACUUUAAGCCCCAUAAGUGCAAGUAGUCUUUGGGUGUAGUCCAUCUGUAGGUGUUACAACAUUUAGUUUUAAGAAGGAGAAAAUCUAGACUUUUACUGGCUUGUUUUUUGAAAAAUUUGUUGUUUUGUUUUUCAUCUGAUUAGUUUUGUUUCUAUAAAAGGUAAUUUUACAUUUUAUGGUUGGAUCACCAAGUGCUGCUGUUAGCCAAGACUUGGCUCAACUUCUAAUACAAGCUGGUCUCAUGAAAAGGUAAUGGCUAUGAUACAUUUAAGUAAAACAUAUUUAAAAGCUGCUCAGAGGCAGAAAAAGUAUGUAUGUAUGUGGAAUAUAUGCAUACAAUGUUAAAGGGCACCGAUAUAACUUUAGCUUAAUGAAGCAGUUAUGGUGUAUAUAUCAUGCCCAUGCUGUCUCACUGCUGAAAUCUUUGCCUUUUAGGAGUUAAAUCGAUUUUGUUUAUACAGCCCCAGCCACACCUCCCUGUAUGUUACUCACACAGCCUUCGUAAACACUUCCUGUAAAUCGUGAUCUAAUGCUUAAACUUUUUUGCACUUUGUUUAUGUUAGAAUUUCUUAUCUCCUGCUUUAAUGGCCUGCUAAAGCCUGCAGUAGCCUCCUGUGUGUGUGCUUACAUGUUAAUUUACAGAGUUGAGUAAAGUUAAAGGGACACUAUAGUCACCAGAACAACUACAGCUUGUUGUAUUUGUUCUGGUGAGUAUAAUCAUUCAAUUCAGGCCUUUUGCAGUAAACACUGUUUUUUUUUUUUGUUUGUUUUUUUUCUGAGAAAAGGCAGGGUUUACAUUGCAACAUAGGAAUACCUCCACUAGCCACUCCUCAGGUAGCUACUAGAGGUGCUUCCUAAGGCUGUGCUGCGACAUUCAAUGUCUCCACCCUCUGCAUGGACACACUGAACUUUCCUCAUACAGAUGCAUUGAUUCAAUACAUCUCUAUGAGGAGAUGCUGAUUGGCCAGGGCUGUGUUUGGAUAGUGCUGGCUCUGCUCCUGAUCUGCCUACUUGGCAAUCUUUGCCAAUCCAAUGCUUUCCUAUGGGAAAACAUUGUGAUUGGUUUUGAAUAACACUUCUGAUGUUGUCAGCCAAACAGGCAGAUCAGGGGCAGAGCCAGCAACAGCAGACUGGAGUAAAUUUAAGAUUACUAUAUUUAGGGGAGUCGGGGGGCUAGAUCGUGUUUUUAACACUAUAGGGUCAGGAAUACAUGUUUGUCUUUGUGACACUAUAUUGUUCCUUUUGUUAAGAUCUGAUUGAAAAUCAAACCAUAUUUUUGCAUGCAUGCUGUGUGAGCUACAGCCAGAGGAGGUGUGGCUAAGGCUACAUAAACAAAAGGGAUUUAACUCCUAAAUGACAGAUAACUGAGCGGUGAGACUGCAGAUGCAAGAUCUAUACACUAAUUUGCAAAGAUAGUUGUAGGAACCGCACUCAAUCCCAAUCUUUGUCAAGCUGACAAAGACCUCUGUGAAGGUCGAAACGUUGCUGCUCUUUUUGCUCCAAUAAAUUCUGCUUGCAGCUUUCACACUUGAGUGCCUGGAAACUUCUUUUUUGUAUUUGAUCUAUACACUAAAACUGCUUCAGUAACCUAAAGUUGUCUUAACGCCUAUAGUAUCCCUUUCGUUCAUAUUAAUAAAACAUUCAUUUAGCAAAGAGAUUCAAUAGAAACAUGGCAUGAAAAGAUAACCUAGAUAAAUGUAGUAGUACACUAAGAUAAGUAUCUUUGGUUUUUUGUUUUGCCGUUUUCUUUUAAAUCUCACUUGCUGUUUCAUAUUGUUGCACUGCAAAUUUCCUAAUGUGCUUGUGGGGUUUUUUUUUUUGGCUUUUUUUUUUUUUUUUAGUGAAUCUGGAGAAGCACCUUGCAUUUCAUCAGCCGGAUUUCAGUUUUUACUUUUAGAUACUGCAUCCCAGCUAUGGUACUUCAUGCUUCAGUACCUGAAAUCAGCAGAGGUGAGUGAUGUUUAUUGGGAUCACUGCAGGCUCUAUAACCAAUUCAUCUCCAUUGGUUAUAGUGCCUGGUCCCCUAAAACUGUUACCCUAUGUGAAUGAGGGUCCCAGGUAUCCUAUACCGCAACUCCCACUGGAGAUAUGGCUAAGACAGAGAUAUAGCCAUACCAGUUAAUACCUGAAUGGCGCUCUGAUGGUCUGAAUGCAGUCAGCUGACACCCAAUUACUGCUGCUCAGGCUAAUGCUUCCUGAUUAAUACAAGCAGCACAGAGAGGAUGGGUUGCCAGGUAUUCAUUUUUAGCGUUUAAAACAUUAAAAAAAAAUACUGAAUGUAAGGACAGUGCCUGAGUUAUUUAGACAUUAUAACCAAUUCAAUGAGAUUAAGGAGUUAUGGUGCCUAAAGUGUCUAAAAAAAACAAAAAAAACAAUAAGCAUUACAGAAUGCCGUAGUGGUUACAGUGUCAAGAGUGCUCUGGUUCUCUCCCCACCAAUAUAAGUAGCCAAACUGUUUACCUGGGGUCUGCCAUAUACCACUCCCCACACACUCUCACCCAGAAGAGAGUUGAAGGCCAGUUCAUUGGCUGAGAGUGUCAGCUGAUUGCUCUCAUCUAAUGAGCUAAGAUUUGCAUAAUGUAUGCAUGUUCAGGUGACUCAGCCCUUUUUGUUUCCAAAAGUCAAAGCAUUACUUACAAGAUUAUUUAUAUAGUGUCGUCAAGAUUUAUAGCGCUGUACAAUGGGUAGACUAACAAACAUGUAAUUGUAACUAGACAAGUUGGACACACCGUAACAGAGGGGUUGAGGCCCCUGCUCAAAAAACUUACAUACUAGUGCAGGAGUGCCCAAAAGGUAGAUCACCAGAUUUUUUUGUAUUUUUUUUUUUUAACUACAGCUUCCAUGGUGCUUUGUCAUUCUAAAGGCAUGCAAAGCAUAAAGGGAGUUGUAGUUCUAGAACAUCUGGGCAUCUACCUUGUGGGCACCCAUGUGCUAGAGGGAAUGGGUUAAAGUGACACAAAAGGUAGGGGUAAAAAAGUAUUCACUGAAGACUUUGUGGUUUUUUUUUCGUUGUCUUUUCCCCAUGUACUGGUUUAUGGUGCUUAAAAUGUUCCUUUGAAGGGCAAUUCCAGCCAUGUUAAAUUAAAUAAUUUAUUGAAUUUAGAAUGCCCUAUUGGGGUAUUUCUAAUUAGUUCUGGAACUGGAAAUCUUAAACUUACCUGGAAUCGUUUCCAGGCCUUAUAUUGUCAAUUAAUGCAAAUUAUUUCACAUAUGCUUGUUAAUUUCAAAUGCACGUUAUUUGGAGAAAAAUAUAUAUGUAUUGCUACUUCCUUAAUGGAAAAAGUUACUACUGCUGGUGUCUUGACUUGAAUGAAACCAGCCCCUUGAUCGACAAAAUGUUUGGCUUCAAGGAGCUGAGAAGUCUUCUUUAUAUGGUUUUAUAGUCUUUAAAGAUACUAUAAAUCAAAAUAUCUUUCAAGAGCCAUGGUUUACAGCCAGGAGAGUUGUGACUAGGACUUCAUAAACAAAGUGAUUUAACUCUUAAACUGUAGAGAAUUGAACAAUGAGACUGUAGUAACAAGAUCUGUACACCGAAACUGGUUCUUUAAGUUUUGGUAUUCAGAGUAUGCGUUUAUGAAAUAUCAGAGAUUUAUUGGUUUUGGAAAUAAUGGAUACUGCAAAUGACUGGUUAUUCAUUGUUACGUAUGUUUACUUUUGUCACACAUCUCAAUUAUGCAUUAAAGAAAGGGAUGGGGUGGGGGUUCAAUGUAUUUUCAUGUGACUUUCUGUUUUAGAUUAUAAUGUCUAGAUGCUUUUUAUUUUUUUAUUCUGUAGAGUCGUGGGAUGAAUUUGGUGGAAAUACUCUCCUUCAUGUUCCAGCUAAGCUUUUCAACAUUGGGAAAGGUGAAUUGACAGCAGCCACACCUGAGUUGUGAUUUGCAAAACAUCUGAAUGCGUGGAAAAUAAAAGCAUGCUUUACAAUGGGGCUGUCUGUGUAAGACCAAUAAUCAAGACCUAUUACAGCCUGGCUUGUGUUGUGAUUAAGGGGAUUUUAUUUUAAGGGCAUAUUUGUUGAUGAAUGUUUGUGAUGCAAAUUUGAUGUACACUGAUCAGCCACAAUAUUAAAACCAGUGGCAGGUGAAGUAAAUAACAUUGAUUAUAUCAUUACAAUGGUAUCUGUCAAGUGGUGAAAUACAUUGGGCACAAGUAAACAGUCAGUACUUGAAUUUCUUGUGUUCAAAGCAGAACAAUUAGGCAGGCGAAAAGAUCAGAGUGACAAGGGCAAAAAAGGGAUGGUUAGACGACUGUGUCAGACCAUCUCCAAAUCGUUAUGUCUUGUAGGAUGUUCCCGGGAUGCACUGCUAAGUACCUACCAAAAGUGGUGCAAGGAAGGACAAGUGAAUCAGGGUCAUCAGUUCCCUAGGCUCAAUGAACCAUGUGGAGAGCAUUGGCUACUCCAUCUGGUCCAAUCACACAAAAGAGCUACUGUCACUUAGAUUCCUGAAAAACUUAAUGCUGGCCAUAUAUUGAAGUUUGCUGCAUAUGGGGCUGCAGACCAGUUAGUGUGCCCAUGAUGACCCCUGUCCACUGCCAAAACACCUUUUAGGGAUACAAGCACAUUUUCUUUUAGAUUAAAUGGAUUGGCGGGGUGCUUGUGCAACGUUUAUAUUGGGAAGAGAUGGCAACAACAGUUCCGACUUUUGGAGGCCAGUUAAUAUCUUGGUGCCAGUUUCCACAGGACACAUUCAGAGGUCUUGUGUAGUGCAUGCCUCGAUGCAUCAGAGCUGUCUUGGCAGCCCGAGAGGGACCUACACAAUAUUAGGCAGGUGGUUUUAAUGUUGCUGAUCAGUCUAUAUAUUGUAGAAAAUAAUCCAUCAAACCUUAAAUAAUUCCUUUUUAUACUGUCUAUUUCACAAGGAUUAUUCUGUUGAAGGCAUGAGUGAUUCCUUACUGACUUUUCUACAGCACCUUCGGGAAUUCGGGCUGGUUUUUCAGAGAAAGGUGAGUAGUCAUGGUAUUGUAACAGUAUAAUGAAAUGUUACUUUGUAGUGGUUAUCUUAUUGCAUUAUGUAAUAUAUUCCUAUUAGAAGAGUAGUGCUAAAUGCAUGAUGCAGGUAGUUGACAAAAUGGAAAACAAAACCAUAUACAUACUUUGUAAUAAUACAUGACUAUUCAAAACUUCUACAACUUCCUGCUGGCAUCAUCGCUACUGGUAAAGUAUGGAAUUCCAAAUGAUAUGGGGAAUAUUGAAAAUGCAUUCAUUUCUGUAUAGAGUGGACAUAUGCAUUUCUCUUAUUAAAUUGGAAAGAUAGCUUACAUUCAUAACUGCUGAUUUUACAAAUCUUAAAGGGACACUGCCUAAGAAAAAAGGGGAAAAAUACUUAGUGGAUAUGCCUUCAAUUAAAACAUGUAUGUAUUAUGUUCAUUGGGUAUAUGUCUAAAUACAGUUUGCAUAUCUUUUGUAUGCAGCCUUUGCGAGCCCAUCCCUUGCCCCACAACCCAUUUUCUUUGGCCAAAGACUUCUUAAUGCAGCUCAAUAAAGAGAUCUUUGCAAGUCAGGAUCUCUGGACAGUUGCCUUCCUCUUGAGUUUAGCUCCAGUGAGCUAACCAGCCAUUAAGUAUAAGAGAACGGUUGUCUUACAGCCAGGGAAUGUAACAAAGUGUAUUAAUAAAAGUGCCAAUUUCUUUUGUAAAAUGAAAAAAGAAGACUCACACAGUUAGCUACGGUUCCAGAGUGUUAAUCUAAGGCUAUGUAUUGUAUUAACAUUUUUAUGUUUACUUCCUCAACAUUGUCCAUAACUCUCACUAGUCACAAUAUUUACUAGUUAGUAUUUUAUGCACAUUGCUGAGAGUUGGAAUACUAGGCAGCAUGGACCUAUUCGAAUUACAGAUUUCGUUUUUAUAUAUAUAUAUAUAUAUAUAUAUAUACAUAUAUAUGUGUGUGUAUGUGUAUGUAUGUAUGUGUAUAUAUAUAUAUAUAUAUAUAUAUAUAUGUAUAUAUAUAUAAUAUAUAAUAUAUAUGUAUAUAUAUGUAUAUGUAUAUAUAUGUAUGUAUAUAUAUAUAUGUGUGUGUGUGUGUGUAUAUAUAUAUAUAUGUGUGUGUGUGUGUGUGUGUGUGUGUGUGUGUGUGUGUGUGUGUGUGUAUAUAUAUAUAUAUAUAUAUAUAUAUAUGUAUGUAUGUAAAUUAAGUUAUAUGUGUAACACUGCUAUAUAGGUUAUAUAAACUUAUAGGGCUUUCAUUUGAACAUUUCAUACUCCUGUGUAACUUCCGUUUAUCAAAAAGAAGGGGACAAACUUGUGAUUUCCAAUUCUGUUCCAAAGAGGGGAAAGAUCAUUUUGACUCCUAAACAGUAGUCAAUAUUAGUUUGUUGUUUGUUUUUUCAUUUGGAUUGCUAAAAUAUUUAAAGAGAUAUAAUUUUUUUUUUCUUCUCAAAUGACACUUUAGGGGGCCUUGGGUAGACUCUAAAUGUCUAACAUUUAAAAGGUAGAAAAAAAGUUUUUCUACAUUUACCAAGAGAAGCAGGUGUUGUUAACCCUGUAUUACCCUAUCAUAGUGGUAGAAUUGUAUUUAAAAAGAGGAUGUAACCUAUUACUAAUUUGUGACAGUGGGCAGCUGAUUUUCAGAUAUGUUAUGCAAAUGCCUCGGCUUAAUGCAUCCUGUCUUUAUUUGUAGAGAAAAUCUCGCCGUUACUAUCCCACACGUCUGGCUAUAAACCUUGCAUCAGGGGUAUCUGGUACCUCGGUGGAUAGCCAUAAACAAGGCUUUAUUGUUGUGGAAACAAAUUACAGGAUAUAUGCGUAUACAGGUUAGUAACGAGGAUUGCUUUCCAAAAUAAACACUACGUGACUGACAUAUUUGUAGUUAAACAAGAAGGCAUUCAAACAUUGUUUUUAAGAUGGUGUUCAAAUCCUAUAACAAGUAUUCAUCACUUUUUUGUUAGCCUUACAUUGAAGUGCAUAUCAAGGACUCACAAUUGGUAAAUUAAAUCUCAGUACUAGUGAGCAUGCAGCGCACCCUCCAUGAAACACAAGCUCUGAAUAACAUUUCACAUAUCGGAUGUGAGCUUAAAGCGGCACUGUCAUGGCCGAAUUCCGGGGUUUUUUUUUGUUUGUUUUUUAAUCACUCUCCCAACUACACUACAUCUAAUUGACCCCCUAGUCAUCCCCUAAGCCUCCCAUAUUACCUAUUUUUUAAUCUUUAUUUUCUGCCUGGACAUAGAUCAUGGGCACCGCCAUCUUUGUGUGGGUAGAUGAAGUCCCUGUGGGACAUGUCAUCUGCCCACUCUAGAUAUCGCUGUGAAAUUCCCGCGCAUGCCCAGUUAAACACUUGGGCACUCGAACAGGAAUUUCAUCUAUUCAUUCAUUCGUCAGAAAGAUGAAUGAAUGAAUAGAAAUGUCAGACGAACAAACAAACUCAGAGUAUCGGUGUUCGUUCAGUUUAUUACAAGGAGGGACCUACUAGCGCGCAGCUCCCUCCUUCUAAAAUGUAAAGAUAGAAGCAGUAGCUCCCUGAGUGGCGAGUUGGGCCCUAAAGGAUAAUGAGAGGGAGGAGGGGGGCCCAUUGUCCUCCCCCCGCCCCCGCCACUCCCACCCCAUAAAUAACAAUAAGCGGGGGACCUAAGGUAAGUUCGGCAUAACAGUGCCGCUUUAACUGGACCACUGCAUAUUUGCACAAUAGGGAAGCACCUACAGAAUAAUACGCCUCCCCUCUCUUGUGUCUUUACCCAUUUGCCUAGCAGUCUGCGUAACCGUGUUGUUUUUUCUGCUAUUGAAGUUGCCCAAGGACUUCAUAAGCAUUGGAUGGUUUAAAAAGCAGAUUACUAACAUGUAGAUAAAUAUCCCUGGUUCACAAGCAAACCACAUUCCUGGAUGAUCAUAUGCAAGUGUUAAUCGUAGUAAAUGUAGGGACCAAUACAGAAUAAUGUUUCCUUUACUUGAGUUUAACACUUAGAAAAAUGUACGUCAUUUUCUUAAGCUUGAGAAACACCUAUUCGGUCGAAAUAUUGGUUAAAAUAAAAUUGCGUGCUUUAACCUUGGAGUGCCUAAACCUUUUUCUGUUGUUCAUAUAAAGUACACACAGAGUCAUAAUACCCCGUCACUGGACUCUAAAACAGUUUGUUAAAUUGGAGCAGUUAUGCAUUUACAGUUUACUUGGUGUCAUAGGUAUACAGUGUAUAAUUUUAUUGAAAGUUAUGUGCUUUAGUAUAAUAAUGGUCAUCCCUGUGUGAACUCUGAUUUCUUAAAAUGUCCUCAGAUUCAGAACUGCAGAUCGCCCUAAUUGCUCUCUUCUCAGAGAUGCUUUAUCGUUUUCCAAACCUCGUGGUAGCACAGGUGACUCGUGAGAGUGUUCAACAAGCUAUCGGAAAUGGCAUCACUGCUGAGCAGGUAAAUGAGAUAAAACACACACGAUGUUAUGUAUAAAAGCUGUAUGUUCUCUUUGUAGGCUGUUUGUCUAAUUCUUUUCCUAUUUUUUUCCCUUUUAUGUACGAAAAUGUUCUUAAAGGGACAUUAUGGUCACAAGAAAAACUACAGUUUAAUGUAGUUGUUCUGGUGAGUAUAGUCCAUCCUUGCAUGCUUUUUGCCGUUAACACUGUCUUUUCAGAAAAAAAGGCAGUGUUUACAUUACAGCCUAGGGACACCUCCAGUGACACCUCCUCAGAUGGCUACUAGAGGUGCUUCCUAGGGCUCUGCUGCACUGAAAUGCACUGAAAUUCAGUGUCUUCAGCCUCCGCAUGGAGAUACUGAACUUUCCUCAUAGAGAUGCAUUGAUUCAAUACAACUCUAUUAGAAGAUGCUGAUUGGCAAGAGUGGGGUUUGGCUCUGUCCCCUAGCCCACCUCCUUGGGUGCGAUCAUCAGAAUUGACAAUCCCAGCCAAUCCAAUUCUUUCCUAUUACUUCUGAUGAUGUCGGUCAAGAAGGCAGAUCAGGGGCAGAGCCAACACCAACAGACUGGAAUUAAGGUAAGAUUGUACUAUAUUAAGGAAUACAUGGUUGUGUUCCUGUCCCUAUAAUGUUCCUUUAACUACACCUCUUCCAAUAUUUUAUUUUCUUGUUUUUUGGGGGGUUUGUUUUUCACACAUUUGUCGCUUAAGGUGUAUCAAAAGAGGUAUAAAAGUGCGUCAACAACAUUUUCCACCCCUGAUUUUCUUUGUCAGAUAAGCCGUUUUCACUAACUCCUUUUGUUCAGUGAAUAAAAUAACCCUUCACAUUGUAAUAAUAAUCUAUCUUAAUUUGUGAAUGUAAUCAAUCGUAACAUAAAGUGUGAAAAAAAACAGAGGAAUAAAGUGUCAGACCAAUUAUUUUGGCGUGUAACAGGUAGAAAAAAUGUAGAAAAAUUAUAUAUAAGUAUAUAAAGGUAUAAAUUAAUUUGAACGAAAUUUCGAACCGACCUAAAAGUACCAAAAUGUCGUCCUAGCAUGAAUGAACAAACUGUUCUCAUUCUGUUGAGCCGAAAUUCGGUAGUUUCGCCAGCAUCCUAUCUAAAUGACAGGACGUUCGGGAAUAGUUCAUGGAGGCAUCGCAAGAUCACGGAAGAAUGGGUUAGUAUUUUGGGAAAAUUUCUAUGACCCACUUAAGCUGGUCAAGUGUAGGAAAAAUACAUAAGACAAAGUAGUCCCUACUUUGUCUUCUGUUUUAAAGAAAACUAGAUCAGAUGGUAAAAAAGAUCAGAUUCCGAGUAAGGGAGAGAAGAGUUAUUGAUUGGGGAAAGGUAAGUUCGGCAUCACAGUGCCGCUUUAAGUAAUGAGAGGUAGAUUUUACCUAUCUUGUCCAGUAUAAAAUGACAACUGGUUAACCAAUUGCAAGCUAUAGUAGAAUUGAUUUGUUGUGCAAAUUAAGACACUCUAUGCUCUAUGUUGUAUGAUGCACAGAUAUCCUGUUGUUUGUGUUUUUGCACACAGUUGCUUAUAACUGAACUAAUUUGUGAAAUUUGCUGCUGCUAGAACCGUGUCCCUUUCUGUCUCUGACAUCAAAAAAGGAAUAUAUGCUUACUUAUUUUGCCAUCCUAAUUUUCCAUUCACUGUGAGGGAAUAUGUAACAAGUUCCUCACAGUGCUCUCCCAUUUUAUUCAGUGAUUUCAUUCAUUCUGUAUGUAUGAACUUGCUGUUGGGGAUUAAGCUGCAUAGAGACUCGUGGCCUUCCUAAAGUAAGAGGGCGCCUUUGUUUACUGCAGUUUCACCAAUUCGAAUUCUUUCCUUUUUUUUUUUUCAUAUUUUUCUCCCUGUUAAACUUUAGUUUUUCUUAAAAUGGAUUACAUGAAUUUUUAAAUAUUAGAUAAUUUCACCCCAUUAGUGACAGCAACGUACACUAAGUAAUCUAAGUUUUGCUAUCUUUGUUUUUAUUUGUUUCAUACAGGUAAUCCAUUUUUUGAGGACGCGAGCUCAUUCUGUGAUGUUAAGUCAGGUGAGAUAUAAGUUUCUGUCAAGAACACAUUCACAAUGUAUUGCACCAUCAUUUUUAUUUUUUAUUUUUCUAACAUUUCACGAACAUGAACAUUCUGAUGUAUUUUCAUGUUGGAAUUGUCUUCUUACAGACUCCAGUACUUCCCCCAACAAUCACGGACCAGAUUCGUCUUUGGGAACUUGAGAGAGAUCGUCUUCGUUUCUCUGAAGGUACAAUAGAAAAAUGAUGGUCCCAAAUAGCUGACUCAAUAAUGCAUAUGUUUUGUUUUUUGCUUGCUUUCUUUAUUGCAUAAUAAUUCUCUAGGCCCAUAUUUAAAAUAGGCUGCUCUUCUAAUGAUCCAAUUAUGUUUCUUCUUUUCUUAGGUGUCCUGUACAAUCAGUUCCUGUCCCAGGUGGACUUUGAGCUUCUGAGAAACUACGCUCGGGACCUUGGUGUACUAGUCUUUGAAAAUCCUGCCAGACGUGUAAUGGUUGUAACACCAGCUGGCCACUCAGAUGUCAAACGCUUCUGGAAGCGUCAGAAGCAUAGCUCUUGA